AUGCAUGGAGAGAUGCGCCAGGAGGUCUUGCUGGAGAUCUUGCCCAAGCAAUUGAGCGAGGCUGCAGAUCAGUUUCAGCUCAUCUUAGAGGAGCCGGAAGGUGGUGCUAUGUUCAACCCGAAUCACGACGGCUCAGAGGAGAAGUGCGCGCUGACGGUCACCAUCCUCAACGAAAAUGACGAGCUCACAAAGAACAUAGCUGCCAUGCAGAUGAGCCAUUUUGUAGACAAGGUGAUCAACAUUGACAAGAUGCGCUUGGGUGCGCAUUCCUGGUACGAGGCCAUUGUGGCCUCGGUGUGUGAUGUGACUGAAGAUGGCGAAAGGGCCUCUACGAUGGACUGGCUCUUGCACAUCAUCAGCAUGCCAUGGAAGUUCACGCUCUCCGUGCUGAUCCCACCAACUGCCUACUGUGGCGGAUGGCUUUGCUUCGUCAUGGCGAUCGGAGCCAUAGGUGGGCUGACGUGUGCGAUUUGCGAUUUUGCGGAGCUCUUUGGUUGCGUCACCUCUUUGGAGGAUUCGAUCACAGCCAUCACAAUAGUCGCACUUGGCACGUCCAUGCCCGACCUUUUCGCAUCACAAACAGCGGCCGUCUCUGACAAGUACGCCGAUGCUUCCAUCGUCAAUGUCACCGGCAGUAACUCGGUGAACGUCUUCCUCGGCAUCGGAUUGCCCUGGUCCAUUGCGGCCAUCUACUGGACAGUCGCAGGCCCUACUGACAGAUGGCUGGAAAGCUACGAGUCUUACCUAGGCGCUUGGCCGGAGGGUGCCUUCAUCGUGCAGGGCGGCGAUUUGGCCUUCAGCGUAGCUGUCUUCAACGUGUCUGCAGCUGUAGCUUUGCUGAUCAUCCACCUUCGACGUCAGCGUCUUUCCGGAGAGCUGGGAGGGCCCAGUGGCAUGAAGGUGUUGUCAGGCAUCCUGCUCAUCAGCCUUUGGGUUUUCUACAUUGCCCUUUCGAUUUGGAAGAUCAAGUCGCAAACCACAGAUGUUGGCAAGCAGAUCUUCGCCAUUUUCAUCGGCUUUUGCAGCUUAGAGAACCUUGUGCUUCUGCUUUGCUGUGCGUUGAUGAUGAGAUUUGGAACUACCUUCUUCACAGGAAGGCAACCAGAAGCAAGUGAUGAGGAAGCUGCCAAGCUUUGUGACCCCGUGGGCAAGGAUCUUGCCACAAUGGACGAUCUAAGACACGUUGGUGCAAGACCAGGCUUGUCUCCUGUCGCGCCUCCGGCCUUCACUGUGAAAGAGGUGCAUGGCCGACGACCGGAAUGCUAUGGGCGACAAAACAAAGCAAACGACAUCUCUUUCACCAGUGCAGCAUUUGUGUGUUUGGCCGCAAAGCGGCUGCAGCGCGCUGCACGGAGAGUGGCCGAACGACUUCAUGGUUUGCCGCCAGUGCCACCACCCAUGUUCCCUCCGUCCGGUACAUUAAGCCCCCCAGCACCACACGGCGCAACCAUUUCCAGGGUGCCGUCCUUCUAUUCCAUUGACUCGGAAGAAGGUGCUACAGGUAGGCCCUCGAUUACGGGACGGAUGGCAGGAUUGAUCAGUGGCCACGCGGCUGACUGGGCGGCCCUUACUGUUGCAGGCUUGGCAGCAGGGACCUUGGCGGACCCAAACGGGCCCCGCUUUUUGGGUUGA